AUGCUCCCAAACUCUGACUCCUCAUCCUCCCGGUGCUCCCCAGGCUGGAGCUCGACCUCUGACUCCUCAUCCUCCCGACCUCUGACUCCUCAUCCUCCCGGUGUUUCCCAGGCUGGAGCCCUAUCUCUGACUCCUCAUCCUCCCGGUGCUCCCCAGUGCUCCCCAGGCUGGAGCCCGACCUCUGACUCCUCAUCCUGCCUGUGCUCCCCAGACUGGAACCUGACAUCUGACUCCCCAUGCUCCCAAACUCUGACUCCUCAUCCUCCCGGCUGGAGCCCUACCUCUGACUCCUCAUCCUCCCGGUGCUCCCCAGGCUGGAGCCUGACCUCUGACUCCUCAUACUCCUGGUGCAUCCCAGGCUGGAGCCCGACCUCUGACUCCUCAUCCUCCCGGUGCUCCCCAGGCUGGAGCCCCACCUCUGACUCCUCAUCCUCCCGACCUCUGACUCCUCAUCCUCCCGGUGCUCCCCAGGCUGGAGCCCGACCUCUGACUCCUCAUCCUCUCGGUGCUCCCCAGGCUGGAGCCCGACCUCUGACUCCUCAUCCUCCCGGUGCUCCCCAGGCUGGAGCCCGACCUCUGACUCCUCAUCCUCCCGGUGCUCCCCAGGCUGGAGCCCGACCUCUGACUCCUCAUCCUCCCGACUUCUGACUCCUCAUCCUCCCAGUGCUCCCCAGGCUAGAGCCUGACCUCUGACUCCUCAUA